CACACUGAAAGUCUCCCGUGUGUGCUCGGCUCCAGCGCUGUUGAUGACCCGCGGAAGCUGCUCUGCACUGAAGAGGGAUGUUGAGACGUCCAAAGCCAAGUGACUCAGAGGAAGACCUCCUCAGAGAACAGCAGAAGUUUCUGACCUCUGGUGCCCCCUCCGCUGCCAAUGUGAUCCGCCGUCCGGACAAGAGGAGAGGCGAGGCAGGCGAGGGAGGAGGAGAAGAAACUGGGGAGGAUGAAGGACGUCAGAGGGACAUGGUCACUAUCGAAGAUCUUCCAGACCAGCUCCCUUCUCUAACACCAGCCCCCCCGAAGAAGUCUCGCUUUAAAGCCAGUCGUGUCACCUUCGAGGACGAGGAUCCUGAGGCGAGGCUGGACCGACAUGACACUCACAUCAGUGCUCUUCUCUCCAGGAUCAUUGAGAGAGAUACGAGCUCUACUCCAAUCUCUCUACCGGCAUUCACAGGCUUGGCAUUCCCCAAAGUAGUGCACCGCUCAGAAAACAGCAGUCAGGUGCCUCUGUCCUCAGCUGGAGGAAAGAAAAGCAUCUUUGCUCGUCAGAUUGCAGCUCAGAAACUAAAGGAAGGCAAGACACCGUUACACUGUGCAGCUGAACCCACUGAGCAGAACCUCCCUCCUGAGACUAGCAUGGACACAGAUCAGAGUGACGAUGCAGAGGCACCUUUAGGCUCUGCUCCUGGGCUGGUGUCUGGUCAGGGGCUCAGGGGCCCAGAUAGUUCAGGAGAGACGCAGAGGAUCCACAAGGAGAACCAGACCCGACUCCAGACCAUGUCUCAGUCGGAGAUACAGGAGGAGCAGAAGAAACUCUUGACUCAACUUGAUCCGAGACUGGUGGAGUUUGUUAGAUCUCGCAAAGCCCAGAGUGUCCCGUUCUCUGCCUCCCCAUCCAAACAGCCCGGGGGCAGAAGCAGCAAGGAGAGUUGUCCUCUUGGAAACGUGAGCAGAGAGUCAUGCUCCUCCGCUGCCGCUGUGUUGUCUCAGAGAGCCCAAGAGGUGGAGAUGGAGGGAAACGACGAGGAGGAGGAGGAGGAAGAGGGGAAACUGCCACCACCACCUGCUAUGACGGAGGAGGAUCUGCUGGUGAAGCCUCAGAAAGAAUGGGUCCACAUGGAUAAGCUGGAGCCAGAGAAGCUGGAGUGGAUGAGAGACUUGCCUGCACCUAGAAGGAGAGGAACCAGAAAGGAGAUGCAGGCUCGCUUUGACUUUGCGGGGAGCUUGAUUCCACCCACUGAGGAUCUUCCCACCCACCUGGGUCUGCACCAUCAUGGAGAGGAACCAGAGAGGGCAGGCUACUCUCUGCAGGAACUCUUCCUGCUGUCUCGGAGUCAGGUCAUCCAGCAGAGGAGUCUGGCCCUCGGCACUCUGGCCAACAUCCUCUCAAAGGCAUGUGCUGGAAAGUACCAGUCAGUUCUGAAAGGCAGCGUGACGUCCACCCUGCUCGACGCCGGCCUGCUCUUCCUGCUCCGCUUUGCAUUGGACGACAGCGUGGAGGGAGUGAUGUCUGCAGCGGUGCACGCUCUGAAAACUCUUCUUGUGUGUGCGGAAGAUGAAGAGUGUUUGGACUCCACCUUCUCCUGGUUUCGCGGCCUGGCCUCAUUCCCUCUGCUGCCGUCUGCUCAGGAGGAACAAGAUGAGGAGGAUGAAGUGCUGGACGAGAUUAUGAAGACCACAGCCAAGGAGAAGGAGGAGAGGAAGACUGAUCAUGACGUGGCCAGGCAGGAUGUUAUCAAGGGUCUGCUCAAAAUGAAACUGCUCCCCAGGCUGCGUUACAUCCUUGAGGUUUUCCGACCAUCUCCUCGAGUGGUUCAGGACGUCCUGAGCAUCCUGACUCGUAUCGCGAGGCACUCGUCCUCUUCUGCCACACAGGUGCUGGACUGUCCUCGCCUGAUGGAGACAGUGAUGUCUGAGUUUCUUCCCACCUCUUGGACAGCCCCGUCUUCACCCCUGCCUCCGUCUGUUUAUGGACUCCCGCAGGCCAGCGCCAUGAAGCUGUUAAGAGUUUUGGCGACUUCUGGCAGACAUGCCUGUGCCAGACUGUUAAACUCUCUGGGAGUGAGGGAGCGUGUGUCUUGUCUGCUCAGUGCUGAGGUCAGUGAGCUGCUGCUGGAGCCCAGCGAGGCCCUCAGGAUCACCACUGAGGCCUACAGGCUGUGGGCUGUAGCAGCCGCGUACGGACAGGCCUGUAACUUAUACAUAGACCUGUACUCCGCCUUAGUGAAGGAGCUGCAGUCCGUUCAGCGAGCGCUGAACCCCUCGGAUCAUCUGCUGCCUCUGCAGCUCCAGCGCGUUUUGGCUCUGCUCUCUUUGCUCACACAGGUCACACACACUGCAGGGUGCCACCAGGAGCUGCAGGCCGGCAUGGUCAGCUCUCAGGGAGAAGAGUGUCCCCCUCCUCCUCCAGUGUCCUGGGGUCAUGUCGCAGGACUGCAAACCUCCUUGUUGGGCCAUUUAAAGGGAUUCGUUAAGAGCCUUGAUAAUCCACUUCAGAAAGACAGCAGCCUAACUCUGAUACCAGCUUACCUCGUCUACCUAGAAGCUUAUUAUCAUCAGCUCUCCAAACAGAAAUGUUUCAAACCAGUGGAGACUCUUCAAGAACUGGAGCAGCUCACAUCUGAGGUUCUCUUCCCGUUGUUUUCUCACCAUGUUGUGCGCGACCUGAUGAGGAACCUCAGGUCUUCUUCAGUGGUGUGCAAGGCCCAGUCUUGUCAUCAAGGCCCAGAGACCACUCCGAGCCUGCCAGGUUUAGCCUGCCCAGGCUGGAGGGAUGGUCCAGGCCUGGUCGGCCCCAGCUCCCCCUUCCCUCUUCUCACAAGUCUGAGUCUUCUCCUGCAGACAGUCACAGGCAUCCACAAAGGUCUAAGCUGUAAGUUCAGUGGUCUCCUCCUGUCAGAACCUGUGAUUGUUUACCUUCGUAGUUGCAGUCAGGCGACACCCACCCUGUCUCACACCAGAGCCUGGCUUCUGCGACAUGAGCACCACCUCCUCUACCUCCUGCUCAGGCUGGCACACAGACUGGUUCCCAUUGAUGCAGAAGUAGCAAAACAUGCAUCACUCUACCACCAGGUGGCGCUAGUUCUCCUGCCAUGGUUACUACCAGGCAGUGAGUACUUGGCACAUGAACUGCUCUCCACCGUCAUCUUCAGCAAGGACUUUAUAUCUGAGGGCCACAGCGGGGGGCCGGAGGCUGUAGAGCUGGGGGAGCUGAAGCUCCACGAGGAAACGCAUCACCUCACGUCUCCCUCCCUCCAGACCGUUGGUGCUCUCCUGAGAGAAGCCUGUGUCCAGCUGCCAUCCAUCCGGGGCUGCUUCCUCACUCACCUGGCCCAUCUGGAGUCCACCGUACUGGUGUCACGAGACGCAUUCCUGGGCCGCAACCCUUGGAUCAACUCCCAUCUCCUCCCAGAGCUCACAGGUCCAACCCUGCCCUCUGACUGGCCCUUCCUCCCGCUUCUCAGCCUGUACGAACGGACGGGUGCGCCUGAAGGUGGAGCGUUAGCGGUGGAGGAGCUGCCUCACGGGGCUCUGCAGAUGGUCACCCACUGUCUGCAGUGGCUGCUGCUGCUCGAGGUCUGGAGAGAGGAAGCUCUAAAGGUCAUCCCUCUGGUCGCCAAGCUCGCCCGCCUCUCCUGCGUGUUCCUGUGUUCCAGUGACUUGUUCCUGGAGCGACCUGUUCAGAAACUGACCUGGGGACUGUUCAGACUGCUGACCAGGCGCUCCCGGCUGGACUCCUUGGACCUGAACGUCCCUCCUCCAGGUUUAGCCUCCUUCCUGGACUUGUAUUCCGCUCUUUUAUCUCAGUUCGAAGCUGUGUCCUUUGGAGACCGACUCUUUGGCUGCUGGCUCCUCUUACCCCUGCAGAGGAGGUACAACGCCACCAUGAGGCUGGCUGUGUUUGGGGAACAUAUGGGGAUGUUGAGGUCACUGGGAGUCACUCUGGAGCAGCUGUCCAUCCCGAUCGAGCGCUUCACCUCUCCCCCCGAAGACUCCCUCCCUCUCCUCAGCCUCUACUUCCGCUCUCUGGUAACCGGGACCCUGAAGCUCCGUUGGUGUCCGAUCUUGUACGUGGUGGCUUUGUCUCACGUCAACUCCUUCAUCUUUUCUCAGGAUGCUGCAGCACAGGAGGUCGAAGCAGCUCGACACGAUAUGCUGAGGAAAAUCUACUACCUGGCUGACAAGGUGAUGAGGAACCACUUGCUGCUCUUCCGUCUUCCCCAGCAGAACUCGGAGUUUGGGUUCGACAUGUACGAGCAGUUGCCUCCCAUCAGGGCGAAGCGUUUGGGGGGGGUGCUGGGUCUGCAGGACGUCAGCGAUGUCAAAGGAGACUGAGUGAAGCCGACGGGGGCAAAAACUGAGAGUAGUGAGCCAGGAACAGACGAUACAGAGAAGUGACAGUGUAGGACUGGAUGGAGAGAUGAGCAAGAGCAGAGAAUUCUGGGAAAGAGAAGUUGGCAAUAGGGAGAUAAUGAGGCCAUCAUUUAAAACAAUAAAUGUGUCUCAUCAAGGUUUGGAACAGGAGGCGACGUGGUCACGGGAGAAUGUUCUGUGGGCUUUUCUGCAACAGGAAAGCAGACACGAGGUCGACUCUGACAGAACUGAGUGAAGAACCAGUUAAACUGGAGACCAUCUUAGAAUUUGAUCACAUCUUCUGCAACAUGAUGACAUUCCGACCAAUGAGGGUGUGAUAUCAUCAAAAGACGGUCUAUAGUUUUACCUUCCGUGUUCUGCCAGUGUUCCCGCCCCACACCCGCCAUCGGACACGCCCUUUUUUUAAAUCUGAACGACAAAUCUGUGCCGUUUCUGGACUGUAUCUUGCACAGCUGAGAUGCUUUUUGCUGUGAAAAACAGAUAAAAAAAGCCAUUCCUACUGUUACGGCUGUUAAUAAUACAGGACCAUCCCUGGAAAUGUUCUAAAUGUUUGUGUUCUAAAUGUAUUCAAACCUCUCUGAACCAAAAUACAGCUUAAAGCAAAAUUCAAACUAGGCUAAUCAUGAAGUGCAGACACAGCGAGGGUUUCCUCUAAAGCAAGUAGGAGGAAUUAAAUGUUUUUCUUUGUGACACCAGCACUUUGUCAGAGUUACUGUGUUUCCGCCACAUUUGUAAAAACAACACAGUACGAUUCUUGGCAUCUCACAGUAAACACUGAUAUCCUACUUAACAAGUGCCUGCAAUUGUCUUAUUUUGUGAGUAAAGCCAGAUGUCAAAUGUGGGUAAACUCCACAGCUAAUUUUGUAGCACCUGCGGCUGCAUCACAAAUACACUGCAGCAAACAUGUUUUUUUCUUCAAUGGGUUUUCAUAGAUUACUAUGGGGUCAAAAACCAGCAAUCACAGAAAAUGCAUCCAGAUGAGCAGGAAGCUUUGUUCACUCUGAACGUCACUGAUCAAUAACACCCACUGGGACGACCCUCACUGACAAAGACUUUAGCUUUUCCAUUGAAGCUGCGACUGCUGCGUCAAAAAAAAUCUGUGUUUAAUCAGAUUUGGAAAAUGCCCACAAGGUGCCCAUGCGUGUCCGGUGCAUGUGCUCGUACAUCCCCUAUUGUGCUCGGUUAUAUAAGAAAUGAACUGCAUCACAUUUACAGCUUGUUAGAACACACUGGUGAAGUUCAAAUUCAGACUUGUUAAACACAACACAUGAUGGCACAUUUUGGCCGCAACUUCAGAGAGUGUAAGUUAUAUGGAGCCGUCUUGGGAAUGAAUUAAUUCUUCUUUUUAAAUAUAACAAAAGCAUUUAAAAAUAGACGCAGUACAUUUGCCAGAAGAAACUUGUAAAUUCGAUUUUGGUGAUUUCAUUAUCGUGGAUCAUAAAAAUUCCAUCCCGCCCCAGUAAUUUCCAGAUUGCCUUGUUUUAUUGGUUCGGACAUACGUAGCUGCAAACAUGUGUUAAAUAUUUGAUUUCGUUAAGCAUUGCAAACUCCUUCAUCAUCUCACCCUCUUCGUAGGCUCCUCGUCGCCUCCUGGUUGCAGCCGGUGGUUUCAGAGCAGAUCAGCUGUAUUUAUAAUGACCCUCUGCAACACUGCAGCAUAGCAGCUUCAAAUACAGCAGGAGGAAACAACAUGAAGAUAGAAAUGUACUGAUCCAGAAGUAGAAAAAAAUCCUCCAGGGUUUAGAAUUAUUUGCAUGAAAGUAAACUUGUUCAUGCAAGACUGAAGAAAACUGUUCGAUAGCAAUACGUGGACAUCAAUUAAAACCACCCUCCAUCUUCCCUCUUAUCACCGUGUGAAUAUUUGAUGCUUCUUCAGAUUGUAUUCACACUGUCAGGAAGUCGCUUGGCCGCUGUUUCAAUCCCUGCAGCAGGUGGAGUCCGUCUUUUUCCAGCUGAACUGGAAGGUUUUAGUUAAACACAAACUUCCUGCCUCCAGACAGCAAACAAAAUCCCUCUGACACUAUGUAUAAAAAUAAGAUCAAUCUGAAAAAUAACAAACAAAUUGCUUAACAUUUUCAAUCUGGGCCUUCUAACGCACUCGUUUUGUCUGCAGUCCAUCAGUAAUGCGACUGUGAGGUGAAUUUCUGUUUCUGAUUAGGCUGAUUUGUUUUUCUCCUUUUGGUUUGAUGUCUGUGCAGCUUGUCACAUGACAUGUCAGAGCGUGACUGGCACCAGACAGCUUGAUGUCACGUUGUUUGUUCAUCCUUUUGUUUGUUUGUUUCUCUGGUAAGAUGCAUUAACCUGAUUUUUUUUUUUCAGUCUACAGUUCUUUUUUAAACGACAGAUCUUUUUAAAUGAACAAAUAGUCAAUUGAGUUAUUUGCUGCUCUGGAUUCUUAUUCCCAAUUAAAUGACUUGGCGUGUAAUUAGUGGCUGAAAGACAAUAUCACCUUCUGUGGGUUAGAAUAGUGGUCACACGGUUCUCCUCACAUCUGGACUGUGUUUGGUCACAAUCACGGGGGAAACAUGCAGAAUUGUUUGGCUAUAACAGCCGCAAUCUGCAAAGACCACCAUCUGCAAAACUGACCGAUGUGAUUCAAAAAGUUUACUACAUUGGAACUUGACUAUGACUCAGGUUUCAACACACUUUAUAGCAUCCCCCGAUUAGAUUGGUAUCAUAGACCUUUCUUCCGCCGCUCUGUCUGGAUCGGCCCCAAAAUUUGUAUUUUUUUUUUCUUUCACGGCCGAUGCCCCAUCCGUCUUCGUCCAAAUCUGUUAUGUAGCUUUUCAACAAUCCUGCUGACAAACAAACUAGAAUGGCACUCAGUGAAGCACAUUCAUCUGCCAAGGCCCAACAGUCCCCGUAUGAAACCACAUUUAAAUUCAGUUGAGCCGCAUUUUUAUGUGCGCACAUUUUUUUCAUUCAGAUCCAGAAAUAAUUCUCAGAGAAAUCAAUGAAAGUGUUGAAAAACGGCCAUGUAAAUCUGGCAGUGUAAAAGAAAGCAAAUAAAAAACCCUGGAUCUGGCCCAAUUCAAAGGGUUCUUUCUUGGUCUGUGUCCCACUCGCCCACCGAGUUCUGUGGAAAUCCGUCGUAUAGUUGUAGUUUAUGCGUAAUCGUAGGAGGCGGCUGGUGAUUAAAGAGCCGUCUCAGGUUCCGUGUUUGCCAAAAGUUUAAGGACUUACAUUCUCACACUCUUAUUUGGCCGGCACCCCCGCACCCUGAAAGUAUAUGUAUUUAGAGAGAAGUUAACCAAAUGGCCUACCAGUUGCAUUGUAUGAGUAUCUAAUGGAGUGAUGUUCAACAUGUUUAAAUAGGCUUUAUUCCUCAGGAUGCAGGAGGGGAUGUUGACACGCCGCUACUGGUAAUCAUGCAGACAGACAAACAAAUGGACAGGCAUGAAAACUUAACCGCCUUGAACGAGCUCAUACUUGAUUACUAAUGUAAGAGUGCGUGAGUGUGUUCACAGUCUGCCAUCAACAUUUCUUCUGACUUAUCUGGUGAAGGCAGGAACCAGUUUGCCGUUUCCUGUGAGGCCAUAAAAUAUCUUCUAUUAACUCCCAUUUAAACCAUUCUUAAAUCGCAAUGGUUUCUGCAGCUGUCCUUUCUGGUUGAAGCUUCGAUCUUCUGCCAGCUGAUGCAUUUUCAAAACAGUUAGUAGUUUGAACUCUUGAACUCUGCUAAAAACCAAACCCUCGGGCAUAGUAUUCUGCACAGCUGUUUUAAGCCAGGAAAUUAAAAGUAAUCGAGAGGCUGUUAAACACUGCUGAGCUUAAACCUUUAAAUAAACAGCUUGAAUGACUAGAAAGUGGGUGCUUUGUUUUAAUUUCUGCUUUGCGAGACGCAUUAACGCGGAGGGCAAGAUUCAAUAUCCUCCGCUUAUUAAAGCCCCGUCUUUAAAAUUCUUCUCAGGUGUCAAAUCGGAGCCAAAAAGUGCAGCAUGAAGUGGAAUCUAAUUUAAACCCCAUGUUUUCCCAACAAUCUUGGCUCUCGGUCAGUAUGCGUGUGGUCCGCUGUGUGGAAAGACCUGGGUAAUAAAAUGGAUAUAGACGUGGUGUGCCGUGCAAAGGGUCACACCAUGAUGUUGGAUAAGUGAAAAUGUGGGUCGGCGGAGGUGUUUCCUGGUGAUCUAACGAUAGGGAGCAGUUUGGCGACUCCCUUCAAUCCGGCCCGCAGUGCGAUGAGAACCCCUGCAACUCUCAGAACUGACAAUGAGCGCAUCUCAAGAAUUAUGUGGUGGAAAACUACACAAUUCAUCAACAAACGUUACAUUUCCCACGGGAUUAAUAAAGUAUCCAUCUAUCUAUCCCCCACAUUUUGUCGUACUCGUACAUGCAUGAAAAAUCUGGUUACCACUAAUAGUUUUUUGUUGUAUAAUAUGUGCCAUUGUGGGAACAUUCACUACACCAUUGCAUAUAUUGCUGGUGGUGGAAAGUAUCUAAGUAUAUUUACUAAAUAACUGCACUUAUGUGUAAUGUUUAGGUGCUUGUUCUUUAAUUGAGUAUUUCUGUUUUAUGCUACUUUACAAUUCAAUUCCACAACAUUGACCUAAAAUUAUGAGUGAAUUUGAAGAUUCCGAUAAAUAUAAUAAUAAUGUGAUACACACUCUAGCAGUCUGUUUACAUAAUCCAACCAACAGACAGCAAUGGCAACAUCACCUCCCUGGUGGAGGUAUAACACACAACCAAAGUCCUUGAAGACACUAUAGAUGUUUGACAGCAUGGUAGUGCAAAAUGGGCAAAUAUAAAAUGUAUUAAAAACAAUAACAAUAUGAUAAUUACCUCUAUAUAAUAAUCAAUAUGAACAAAAAAAAUUUAAUUUCUUCAAAGAUGAAAGAGUUAUUGAUGUGUCCCUUCCAUGAAUUUCUUUAAUAAUAUUUGAAAGUCAGUAUGAGCAUGAUGAGUUCAAUCAUUAAAGAUUAAAAGACCAGGGCAGCUCUGGAGGAGUUUGUCCUCAAACAUGCUGAGUCAAAGGAAACCGCCCUAUUCAACAUAUUAAAGGCUUCAUCAGAUAUGCAAACCAGAGCUAGAGUCCAUUUUUUCAUUCUUCAGUUGUCCAGUUAUACUUUGAAGCGAAGUGACUGUAAGAGCAAAUGUUGGAUCCAUGUCUAAAUACACGCUAAAAAAAAGGUCUCUGAUGAUAAUGAUGAUCAAAAUAAUUCAAGCUGUUUUUCCAAGAUUCCCGAAAGGUUAUAAAGAUAACAUAUUUCUGAGUCAGUUGGCCUAUUAUUCCUGGCCACUGCGUUGCUUUGUAAACUGACAGCUUGUAACUCUCUCACUGCAUUUGUUCAGUUUUUGACAUCAAAUGAAGCUGAAUAAACUUUUCCAUUUA